UAUUCAUUCAUUGUCACAUAACGACACCGUAUAAACUAUCCCACACACACGAACAAUAAAAAACCGACGGUAGACAGUUCUUUGAUGCCCCAUUCAUAGGGGUCUUUGUACACCAAUAAAGAACCUUUCGCUUGACUGUACAAGCCACGCAUAUAGCUGUGAUUUAAACACCCUGACAUCAACAACACACAGCGGUGAUUUUAACCCUCGACGAUCGACACCGUGGAACGAAUCUACCGUGCACGAGAAGGAAAUUCUACGGGAGAGAUCGAAGCGAUUUCCCCCCUACCCAGGCUUCAUACAUCCGCUCCAUUCGGAACCAAGAUGUGUUGUUCUUGCGAUGCCGGCACUGCAGUGUUUUGCUGUAAAUAUAUACUAGUUGUAACCACGUGCAUAAGCAAUUUGUUAUGUGGAUGCGCACUUCUUGGCGUUGGUCUAUGGCUCUGUUUCGAACCCCAAGUCCAGCAAUAUGCCUCAGCAUCGGGUGAUCUGCAAGUAUACAACAUUGCCGUUUAUGUCAUCAUCGGGAUUGGGGGUUUGAUGAUGCUUGUUGGAUUCCUAGGAUGCUGUGGGGCUUGUAUGGAGAAUACAGUACUCCUUGGCAUGUUCUUCACUUUCUUGCUGCUGAUCUGUGUUGCUGAAGUAGGGGGCGGAGUUUGGUGCUACCUGAACAGGGAAAAACUGCAAGGAAUUGUUGAAUCAGGAAUGCAAGACACAAUGACACUGACUUAUAUGACGGGUAAUACGGUUGUGACGACAGCUGUUGAUCGACUGCAAAGAGAUCUCAAGUGUUGUGGUGCAGUAGGACCGAGCGAUUGGAUAAAGACACCUGUUUCACCUGGUGAGACUUUGACAUCCGUGCCGGACUCUUGCUGUAUGACAGAGAGCCGAGAUUGUGGAAAGACUGGCAGUAUCCCUGCAGCUCUCGGAGUGAGCAUCUACAGCAAGGGUUGUGCAGCGGCUCUGUUUGAGAGGCUGGAAAACAAUACAGUCUUGGUGGCCGGGCUCGCUAUCGGAAUCGGUGGUGUACAGCUCCUUGGUAUGCUGUUCUCACUGUGUCUGUGUUGCGCAAUCAGAAGAGCAGACAGAGAAAAAUCCUACGCAAUCUAGGCUCAUCUACCUGCCAUUCUUAUACCAGGGGGGUUAAAGGUACAUUUUGCUGUUAAAUUGCCAGGGAGUCAUCAUAAGAAAACAGGUUUUCAGUCGAAUUUGCUAUUCUUAUUCCUGGGGGAUGAGGUACAUUCUGCUGUUGAGAUACCAGGGCGUUUAUGGUUUAGGUAAUUUGGUCAGGCUACGGCUACAGCUGGAUCACCAUUUGAUAGAGCAACAGUCUUAGCAACAGCCCUAGCUGUAGCCAUCAACUCAUGGCUGCUCCCUCCUGUGGAUAAGUCGCAGCUAAUAGUUUUGUUAGCCACACUGAAUACUUGAAGUAACCUGUCCAUUUUACCUACUCUUCUUAUCAUUUUCUGAAAUGUUAUUGCCAAAAUCUAGAUACAUUUAACAACUUCAUAAAAAGAAGACUCUGAGGAAGAAAAUGUUUUCAUUUCUUCACAUCGGGUUUAAUACUAAGAUCAGAUUACGUUCUGUUUUAAAAAAUAAUUUGUUUUACUGGAGGGAUAGAUUUAUUCCUAAAAAAGAAACUUGGGACAAUUUUAACAGACAAAUGUUUUAGAUAAUGAAAUAUCAUAUUUCGGUUGUACAGUACAGUUAUUUCACCAUUUUUGAGUAUAAAUUAUUGCUAUUCAGCCUUUUUUUUUGGAUACAACUCUGACUAAGUUAUUUAAACUCAGACUUCGCUUAUUUUAAAUGCCCAGUUUUAGUUUUUUAUAGCGCCCUCAAUUUGCUACUGGUAGAUUGAAUUCCGCUUUUUUAAUUUUAUUUUUUCGGUAGUAUCCAAAGCCGUUGCUUAGAGAGCGCCCUAUACAGGCUAAACACAGAACAAAGUGCGCAAAUUUGUACCACUUAAAAUGCACAAAAAUAUAGUCGCAGCAUAUUUAAAAAGCGCCCUCACAUGGUUCAUUCAAAGUGGUACUCCACAGCUCUCUUUUGCCAACACAUAGGCCCACAAUCAUAAAGCUGUUUAGCAGGAAAUUCUGCUUAGCAAAGGAAUUUGCUAAGCAAGAAUUGAAUGGGGUGUAAAAAACUUUUAUUUAGCUCUAUGGGUACAAGUCAUUGCAAUGGUGGUAAACGUCCGGUAUUUUGGCUGGUAACAUAUUUUGGCUCAGCAAGAGUUUUCUGCUCAGCAUGUUUGUUGUGCUUAUACAUGCUUUAUGAAACUGGGACCUGAUAAGUUGCAUAAAGAGCGCCCUCAAGUUGUUGCGCACUGAACAGAUACUAAAUUGAAGGCAAGAUAUUGCUUACAUUCAUUGUUGUGUAAUGUACAUGUGUUUAGAUAGCAUUGUACAUUAGCAUUGUAGUAAGAAGUACUGUAAAAUACAACUAAUUGGGACGCUAUUUUAGAACUUUUAAGUAAUGGUCUAUGAAGAGACUAUCAUGAACUCAAAUAUAUAUUUUUUAAUGUAACAUAAAUGUAACCCACACUGUUCGUUUUAAGUUAUAUAAAAAAAUGCUUUUACGUGUUGUACCGACAAUGUAAUGACUUACCCGCUAUAGGGGCGGAGCCAUGGUGAUAAAAACUGAGAAUGCGCUUAGAGUUUAUUAGCAGAAAAUGGGUUACCAACCAGAAGUCUAUGUUCUGGGUACCAGUUGUAAUUGGUUCCCUAGUCGCCGUUCCCUAAAUUUUGAAAUAUGUCACAAAUGUGAAUUUUUGCCAAUUGAGGGACAUUACCGUAAUAUUUCUACCAAUCAGCCAAUGGUACUUUUCAUUCGGUUAUUUUCACUUCUUGCAAUUUAUUUAUAGUUGAUUAUUAGUACUUUGUUAAGAGAAAAACCCUCAAACUGUUCCUGAACUUUUCCCGAGAAAUUGUUUCAGGAGAGUUUUUAAAUGGUGUAAAGUAUGUCGAAACGUUCUGUCCAUUACCAACAACAAAUGAAACAUUUGCAAUAUAAAAAUCCCUAAAUUUUAUAUCAUAUUUUUCCGUCUUUCAAAAACUCCCUAAAGAGGUCACUGAACUUCGAUUGUUUAAUUAAGGAAUUUAUCGACCAAUGAUAUGUGACUUUCAUGUGACUCCUUUAACAAAUUUGAAAAUGUUCCCGAAUAGACCAGUAAAAAUGGAAGUAUUUUCUUAAAAGAUUGUCUUUUAAAAUAUUCUCGUAACCAAGAAAGAUAUUUAUACCUAUAUCCAGUAAAAUGCUAUAAAAACAAUACCUGUAUUGUAUUUAUAUCCUCCAUUAAAAUUUUAACACUUGUCCAAGUUAUCUAUUUGA